AUGGAACCCCAAACCAUGCUCCCCUUGCAGAGCAGCAGCGCCGCCAAUGUCGCCGCAGCAGGGAAGAAAACCAUCGAGGAAAUGUACCAGAAGAAGACGCAGCUCGAACACAUCCUUCUCCGACCCGACACAUACGUCGGAUCCAUCGAGAAACACACGCAGACCCUUUGGGUCUACGAAAACGAUGAAAUGGUUCACCGCCCCAUAACCUACGUCCCUGGACUCUACAAAAUCUUCGACGAGAUUCUCGUCAACGCUGCCGACAACAAGCAGCGUGACCCCUCCAUGGACUCUCUCAAAGUCCUCAUUGACGCCGAACAGAACACCGUUAGCGUGUUCAAUAACGGUGAUGGCGUCCCCGUCGAGAUCCACCAGGAGGAGAAGGUUUACGUCCCUGAACUCAUCUUUGGUCACUUGCUCACUAGCAGUAACUACGAUGAUAACGUCAAGAAGACCACCGGUGGCCGUAACGGUUACGGCGCAAAGCUCACUAAUAUUUUCUCCACUGAGUUUGUCAUUGAAACUGCCGAUGGAAAGCGCCAGAAGAAGUAUAAACAGGUGUUCUCGAACAACAUGGGGAAAAAGUCUGAACCGAUGAUAACAAAAUGCAAACAAGGUGAAAACUGGACCAAGGUGACCUUCAAGCCUGACUUGGAAAAGUUCAAGAUGACUUAUCUUGAAGAAGAUGUCGUUGCUCUGAUGAAAAAGCGUGUGGUGGACAUGGCAGGGUGCCUUGGAAAGACUGUUAAGGUUGAACUUAAUGGGAGCUUGAUUCGUAUGAAAUCGUUCCGUGAUUAUGCUGAUCUAUACCUGAAAUCAGCUGAGAAAUCCAAACCAAUGCCACUUCCAAGGAUUCAUGCAAAAGUAGGUGAUAGGUGGGAGAUUUGCGUGAGUUUAAGUGAUGGACAGUUUCAGCAGGUCAGCUUUGUUAAUUCCAUUGCUACAAUCAAGGGUGGGACUCAUGUUGAUUACAUCACCAAUCAGAUUACAAGCUUUGUGAUGGGUAAAGUAAAUAAGAAGAAAAAGGAUGCCAAUGUCAAAGCUCACAAUGUGAAGAAUCAUUUGUGGGUCUUCGUCAAUGCUCUUAUUGACAACCCUGCAUUUGAUUCUCAAACUAAGGAAACUCUCACGACUAGGCAGGCUAGUUUUGGUUCCAAAUGUGAUAUUCCAGAGUCGAUGCUGAAGGAAGUUGCAAACUCUGGAAUAGUGGAUACCCUCAUGUCAUGGGCUGAUUUUAAGCAGAGCAAAGAUCUGAAGAAAACUGAUGGAACAAAGACCCAGAGAAUUCGUGGGAUUGUAAAGCUAGAAGAUGCCAACGAUGCUGGUGGAAGGAACUCUGAGAAGUGUACCUUGAUAUUGACAGAGGGGGAUUCUGCAAAGGCCCUUGCUAUGGCUGGGCUCUCUGUUGUGGGUCGAGACCAUUAUGGUGUGUUUCCCUUGAGAGGCAAAUUGCUAAAUGUACGGGAAGCCAGCAGUAAACAGAUAAUGGAGAAUGAAGAAAUUCAAAAUAUAAAGAAGAUUCUAGGACUUCAGCAAAACAAAGAGUACACAAGCGUAAAGUCUUUGAGAUAUGGCCAUUUGAUGAUUAUGGCUGAUCAGGAUUACGAUGGUUCCCACAUCAAAGGGCUAUUGAUCAACUUCAUUCAUUCCUUCUGGCCAUCACUGCUAAAAGUUCCAUCUUUUAUGGUUGAAUUUACCACUCCAAUAAUAAGGGCUUUUCAUUCAAACGGGACAAAGUUUUCAUUUUAUUCCAUGCCCGAGUAUCAAUCAUGGAGAGAAAGCUUGGGGAAUAAUGCAACUGGUUGGAAGAUAAAGUACUAUAAGGGUUUGGGUACAAGUACUCCUCAAGAAGGGAGGGAAUACUUUAGAGAUCUUAAUAAACAUAAGAAAGACUUCGUUUGGGAAGAUGACCAAGAUGGAAGUGCAAUUGAGCUGGCAUUCAGUAAGAAAAAAGCCGAAGAUAGGAAGACCUGGAUUCGUAACUUUGAGCCUGGCACAUGUCGUGAUCAUAUGGACAGAUACAUAAACUACAGGGAUUUUGUCAACAAAGAGCUUAUAUUGUUCUCCAGGGCGGAUCUUCAAAGGUCCAUUCCCUCUAUGGUUGAUGGACUUAAGCCUGGUCAAAGGAAGAUACUUUUCUGCUCAUUUAGGAAAAAGUUGUUCAAAGAAAUAAAAGUGGGUCAGUUCAUUGGUUAUGUGUCUGAGCACUCUGCUUACCACCAUGGUGAGCAAAGUCUGGCUAGCACAAUUAUUGGGAUGGCACAGGAUUUUGUGGGUAGUAACAAUAUCAAUCUUCUUAAACCAAACGGUCAAUUUGGUACUCGUAACUUGGGAGGUAAAGAUCAUGCAAGUGCUAGAUACAUCUACACUGAACUAAAUAAUAUUACUCGCUGCAUCUUCCACGAGCAGGAUGACAAUCUUCUUGAGUACUUGAACGAGGAUGGGAAGUCAAUUGAACCCAACUGGUACAUACCAGUUAUACCUUUGGUUCUUGUCAAUGGUAGUGAGGGAAUUGGGACCGGCUGGAGUUCUUACAUUCCGAAUUAUAAUCCAAGGGAAAUUAUUGCCAAUGUUAGGCGUUUGUUGAAUGGGGAGACAAUGGUGCCAAUGGAUCCAUGGUACAGGGGAUUCAAAGGAACCAUUGAGAAAAGCGCCAAGGAAGGUGGAUACAUAGUCAAUGGUACCGUAGAGGAAAUAAAUGAACAAACUUUCAGAAUCACUGAGCUGCCUAUACGUAAAUGGACUCAAGAUUACAAGCAGUUUCUUGAAUCUAUUACUGACGGGACGCCUAAUGUCAAGGAUCCUUUGAUUGAGGAUUUCAGACAGAAUGGUGAUGAUGCAGUUGUGGACAUAGAAAUCAGGUUGAAGCUGGACAAAAUAGUGGGCAUCAUGCAAGAUGGACUGCUUAAGAAAUUUAAAUUGACAAGCACUAUCAGCACAAGCAACAUGCAUCUAUUUGAUGCAGAAGGGAAAAUAAGGAAAUAUGACAAUCCGGAACAAAUUCUCGAAGAGUUCUUCCCACUUCGGCUGGAGUAUUACGAGAGAAGAAAGACACAUAUACUGGGCAAUCUUGAACGACUUUUGUUGGUGUUGUCCAACAAAGUAAGGUUUAUAUUAGGGGUUGUGAAUGGAGAAAUUGUUGUGAGCAACCGGAAAAAGGCUGAUUUGUUCAUGGAGCUGCAGCAGAAAGGUUUCACUCCCAUGCGGAGGAAAACUAAAUCUGCAGAGCCGCAAGUUGCUGGGGCAAAUGAGGAAGAGGAGCAGGAAGAUGAAAACAACACGAAGGAGCAGGAAACUGGUGGUGCCGAAGUAGCAAAACGAGGUGACUAUGAAUAUCUAUUAUCCAUGCCUAUUGGAACUUUGACCCUCGAAAGUGUUCAGAAGCUAUUAGCUGAAAAGGAUGAAAAGGAAAAGGAGUUCGAGAUUUUGAAGGCAACCCCAUCGAAGUCCAUGUGGUUGAAGGAUCUAGAUGAGCUUGAGAAGAAACUUGAUGAACAAGAUAAUAAAGAGGCAGAGGAGGAACGAAAAAGAUCAAGUCAAGCGAAUAAAAAGACAUCAAAUCGUGGUGCUUCAGAAGCUUUUACUAGAGCAGCUAAGAAGCCGCCACAACCCCGGAAGAACACUAAGAAGGCCAAAAACGUUGAGCCAGAGCACGAUAAUUCUUCCAUGGAAGUCGAGAAUGUUGCGGAAGUCACUAAGCCAAAAGGCACAGCAGGUUCUCAGAAAACUCAGAAGGAUUCUGAUGAUGAAAUUCUAUCUCUUCAAGAACGCUUAGCUGCAUAUAACUUUGGAGCAUCAUCUAGUAGUGAUCAAUCUGCAGCCAUGGAAGCUGAAGAGCCACCUGUACCUGCUGCUGGGAAGAAAGAUGUGCCAAAAAGAAGGGGUGCUCCGAGAAAGAAGGCCUCAAGUACCGUAGUGUUGGAUGUGUCUGAUAGUGAUAAUGAAGUAGUUCAUGAAGGCGAUGACGACGACGAUGACUUUGAAAUACAGCAACCGGUUGCAACAGAAGCAGGGAAAAAGAAGCCAGGGAGAAAGCCUGCUGCUCAAAAUGCUAAGAAGGCACCUGCAGCUACCAGGAAGAGAAACGUAGGUGGAAAGCAAUCUAAGACAUUGGGUCAAAAACUCCUUACUGAUAUGUUGGAACCUACAGGGAUAUCACCAGAGAAGAAGGUGAGGAAGAUGAGGGCAUCUCCAUUUAACAAGAAAAGUAGUUCUGUGCUGGGAAGGGUUGCUACUGCUGACAGAGAAGAAAAUGUGAGUGAAGACUUGUCUGGUUCUGCUUCUAACUCUUCUCCUAGCACCGAGGAUGUGGUUGAGAUUGCACCACCACCAGCAGCAAGAGCUAGGCCUCUGAGGGCCAAUCGUAGGCAAACAAGAUAUGUGUUGAGUGACUCUGAAAGUGACAAUGAUUCUGAUGGCAAUGCUUCAGAAUUUUCUGAUUUUGAGGAAGAUGAAGACUAG